CGCGUCUGGGGAAAAAGUGUGUGUGAGUAUCGGCUCUCUGUGCGUAUGUAUGAGAGAGAGAGAGGGCGUGUGUGAAUACUUUAGGUUCUCCCUCAAACGCCGCCGAUUGCAUUCUUCUCUUGACGGGCGGCGAGAGGAGAGCGUCGAAGCGAGAGGCAAGGAGAGCAAGAGAGAGAUUAAGGCUGAAACUUCUCUGCAGACGCUCCUGAACAGACUCCUCCAUGCCCGAGCCGGGAGCUGCUCCGCGGCGAAGUCCGCAGGGAGUCCCCUACUCUGACCUGCCGCACAUCGUCAACGCAGACGGAUUGCACCUGUUCUGCCGCUACUGGGAACCCACCGGUCAGCCAAGGGCUCUGGUAUUUAUUGCCCAUGGAGCUGGGGAACAUUGUGGCCCAUAUGAUGAGAUGGCACAGAGACUGAAAGAACUCUCCUUGCUGGUAUUUGCACACGACCACGUUGGCCAUGGCCAGAGCGAAGGUGACAGGAUGAACAUUAAGGACUUUCAGAUUUAUAUCAGAGACUCCCUUCAGCACAUUGACCUGAUGAAGUCUCGCCACCCUGACCUACCUGUAUUUAUUGUAGGCCACUCCAUGGGUGGUGCUAUCUCAAUCCUGACAGCCUGUGAAAGACCUGGUGAUUUUGUUGGAGUGGUUCUGAUAGCUCCCCUGGUCCAGAUGAACCCGGAGUCAGCCACACCAUUCAAGGUUUUCAUGGCAAAACUGCUGAACCACAUGCUGCCCAGCCUCACUAUGGGCUCCAUCGAGUCCAAAUGGCUCUCACGGGACAAGAGGCAGGUGGAGGCAUAUGACGCUGAUGAGCUAAACUAUCACGGCGGGAUGCGAGUAUCAUUCGGCAUGCAGCUGAUGGCGGCAGUGGAGCGUAUGCAGAGGGAGAUCCCGUCCAUCAGCUGGCCCUUCCUGCUCCUUCACGGUGACGCCGACAAACUCUGUGACAUCAGAGGCUCCAGGAUGAUGUAUGACAAUUCACCGAGUACAGACAAGAAAAUCAAGAUCUACGAAGGAGGCUACCACGCUCUUCACCAUGACCUCCCUGAGGUGGCUGAGUCCGUGCUAAAGGAGCUGACCACCUGGAUCACAGAGCACAUUCCAGCUGCAACAUCGCAGGAAGCGCAAGGCUCCUAAAUGUAUGGCCUGCACACCUCUGUUGAAGCUCUGAGGAAACUGCCAAUCUCGUCAUAAAACGCCUGCUCACGUUCCUGUAGUGCGUCAGGCAUAAUAAUACUACUGCACUUUCCUGUCUGGGAGUUAUUUGGGCAUACUGAUGGACAUUAUAGUCUCUGUAUAACAGGUUUAUUAGCAAAUCCUCUGGGCUACUGUAAAAAAAAACACACACACACUCUUCCUCCUAUCUGUACAUCAGGCCACUGAUAUAAAUUGGGCAAUAGGGUCAGUUCUUAUUGUAAAUACUCUGUAGCAAUGGUCAGCAUCAUGGCAAAAUUUCUGAUCAGGGAUGUGCCUCAUGUGUUUAUAUGCUUCACAUCAUCUCCACUGAACUGCUCGUGUGCAGCUUUUAGAGAGUAAAGACUGUCACAAACUUUACUCCCUAAAAGCAAGGGUUCGAAGUGCAAUAAUGGGUAUGGCCUUUCAUUUUCUCAUUUUAUAAACAGGCCAGAUCUUUUAAAUAUUAAUAACAGAGGCAGCAGAAUACAGAAGCAUUUCUUUCUGCCUCAACUACCAUUAACAGACUGGGUUAGAGGUCAGGAACAGAAGGAGGUUGGCACCUUUUGAGCUGUUGUCGGUUCAGGGAUGCAUGAAUACUUAAUAGAUAACUUAUCAUUUAGCGACACUGAAUAGCCAUCUUAAAGUCUCCUUAGUUUACUCCACCAUACUCUCUGACCUUAUCCCAUCUGCUCUUCCUCUCCUGCCUCCUCACUGACUGCGCUGUUUUGUAAUAUCACAUUUCUGAUAAAGGCAGCUUUUAUAGAGCUGAUCAGAAGCAUAUACUGAAAGCACUCUAGAUGUAAUAGUCUUCUCCUGACUUCCUCUUUGCUUGAUCUGAGGACAGAUGGUUAGCCUAAAGACAGAUGGUUGACAGUGAUACAUCAUAUGAGGAUAAGGUACUGUAGUCAGUCUAAAUCCAGAUGAUGAUCUAGCUUCAUAAAUUUUGUCCUAAUGACGAUAUAAGUACUUCUUAUCUGCCUAACUGAGUGACCGAUUAUUAAAAUAGUUUUCCAUAUAGGUGCUAUGUAUGCGAUCCUAGUCAAGAGUGUAAGAUGGGGCUAAAUUAUUCAGAUGAAACUGCUUUGAAUCGCUCUGCAGGUGGGAGGUCAAAGGUGAAGUGUUCUCUGACCUUUAUGGCCGUAGUCGAGCUCACUGUCAGUUGUUCACUGAGGCCAAGCCUUGAUUGAUUAAGUUCAGGCUGCAAACUGGGGGGCCCAGCUAUAAAGUGAAAGGGGAACAUGACAUGACUUUAUUCCAGGAAGCAGCCAGUCUGGCUUCGUUUUUUUUUAAUCUUGUUCUGUAAAACUAACCUUUGAUGUUCUUAAAGUAUAGGGACAUCAAAGGUGAGGACAAGGGGCCGUUCAAAGGGUUAGCAUUUAAAAUCAGCUCUUGCUCGAUGUGGGUUUUCAGCUGAACCACAGCAAUAAUGUCAAAGUAGCCUACAUUUGUGGUUUGUCAGUAAUUAUAAACUAGACAGACACGCUCUGAACUACCUAUUUGAUAGUGUCGUGUAGACUGUAAUUACUGGUCACAUACACUUAGCUUUUACCUGUUCGUCAAGCACAAUGAGGUUUCAGAUUAUUAAACGUGCACCGCUCACAACUUGGAAAGCAAUUAGGGUCUUUUGUGGUGCUUAAUUUUUGACACCAGACAUCCGUGAUACCGCUUUUAGUGACUCGUUCUGUGGUGAACACAUCCAGUAAGCAGUUCUUUGAUAGAGAUUCAACUGGCCAGCCUGUUUUCUUUUUUUUUCUUUUUUCGGUAUUACCCGGAGUUCAAAGAGACUCAUGCACAUAGUGAAGGGGGAAGCUUGCUGCUGUAACCACGGUUACUCUUGUUUAGUCAUAGCAGCAGCAGUGUGGCAGAAGAGUCCUUUUUUUCUUUUUGACAUGUGUUGUCACCCUGGUGACCACUAAAAGACUGACAGAAUGAGAGCAAUUUCUGGCCUCUCUGUCUUUAUGUUUCUUCCCUUCACCCCGCCUUGUCUCACCCAUACUAUUUUUUCUUUGUUUGUUUGUUUGUUUAUUUUUUAGCCACAGUAACCGGUGCUCUUUGUUCCAUCCAUCAUGCAAGCCUUUGUUCUACUACAUACUCAAACAUUGUGUACCCUCAGCCACCCACACUGUCCCUAGUGGCCAAUUAUCAGAGCUGCAACAGGUUAUAUUGUAAAGUGUUCAGAUACAAUUUUUAUUCUUUUUUUCUGAUUCUUGGACCAUAUGGCUGAGACCAAGGGUGCUAGAUGUAGGUGGGAGGAAGGGGCCAUUAAAUCUUUUUUCUUUCUUCAGCUUCUUCUUUAGGUGAGCUGGUGUGCUUUAAAUCAGAAAAUGGGUUUCUGCAACAUUAACCAACAAGAAAGACUUUUACAUCGCAGCAAAACAAUCAGAAGGAGCAAUUUAAAAUGUCAUAUUAAAGACAUUUUAGUCUGACGUUGUUUUGCUCCCAGUAUGAAAAGAUUACAUAAAAUGACUGAUGAUGAGGGAAAAGGCUCUAUUAUCAGGACUGGCUUAGGCAGUAGACCAUGUGUUUUUUUUUGGGAGGGGGUUGUGGGAAGGAGAGGUUAUCAUAAGGUCAGUAGUUUGACUUCCAGGUCUGAUAUCUUUAAGAGCUUUUUGCCCACCUGCUUUGAAAUAAGUCGAGCGUGACACAUACUUUAACUUUAAAUGUGAAGUCGCUUACUUACAAACGUUGAUGUGGCUUCUUCUUCUAUUAACAUCUUUCCUGGUGUUUUCAGACUGAACUGCGUCAGCUGUAUUAUCGAGUUGCAUUAGAAAAUAAAAUAAUUAAUCGUUAUCGGCAGAGUGCUUUCCAUAAUGUGAAAAAAAUAGCAUUGAAUACAAAAUACAACAUGAGACAUGAAAGCAAACAAAUCAGUGUAGAAGAGGGAAUAAAUAGAAGGAACUUCAGGAUGUAAGUGCAUCCUCUUCUCUAUUUUUACAGACGUCAAAAAAUACUUUGCCAGAACAAAUAUUGGAUUACUUUGCAGCGGGUGCAGACAUAGAUGGAGAUGUAAAUGUAUUCAUCAGUCCCGAUGGGAGUCAGACCCUUAACCUCAACUGAACUGCAGGGGUUUUUAUCACCAGCCCUUCAAACACAAUCUGCUCCUGAUUAGGCUGCAGCAGGAACAGCGCACACAAGUGUCGCGCGGUCCCAGUUUUAUUCAAACUCAUAAUAGCACCCCUGCUGCAACGCAUCAGCGCGAUUGUUUCAGCCUUGCAGGAUCCUGCGUAAUUUCAAAAAGCUGUACCUGUCAGACUACAUGAGUGCAUAAUACUGCUGUCGCUGGCUACGGGGGUGGAGAGAGAUGGAGAUAUGGUGAGAGGGGAAGAGAAAGAAAAAGGAGA